CGCAGGUCCCCUUCGCUGUGCACUUCCAGCAGUUGGAGUUGUUCUACACCCGAGAGAGGGGGAGGCAGCAGAGGAGUGAGCGCAGCAGCUGAGUGAGCAAACACAAGUAGAAACAUUAGGUUAUCUUCUGACACUAUCAGCCAUCGACCUGUCACUUUUAUCGCUCCGUGAAGCUCCAGAGCGGUAGCGGCGGCGGCUCCUUGGUCUGGUUUGUUCUGCUCGAGCAGUGAGACAAACUCCCGAACGCGGUCGUCUCAGCUGGCAUGAGCUAACCUACGAGUCCGACAUGGAAACCAAACCGUUCCUGUCAUUGGGGUUCUUGAAGCCCCAGUGCUCGCUGGCUCCCCCAAUGCAGCGAGGUCACUCAGCUGAGGCCUGUUCAUGUUUCAGCGGAGUCUGCCCCCUCCAUCAGCGCCGCUUGUCCUCAGAUUCAGGUCAGGUGUCCUCGUCACUGCUGGGCUCCCCCACGUCUCAUCGAGGAAUUCACCCAUCUCUGCUUAGUCCAACCGCCAUGGGGCCCUCAGGCUCGCUCCACUCUCCUAUCAACAGCCUGAGUUCCCCAAUGAAUGGCCUGGCAUCACCCUUCUCGGUUAUUAGCUCCCCCAUGGGCCCCCACUCUCUAAGCUCACCGGGCAUGGGCUACGGUCCUAGCGUCAGUCCCCAGCUGAACUCUCCGAUGAACUCGGUCAGCAGCUCUGAGGACAUUAAGCCGCCGUUGGGCCUCAAUGGCAUGAUGAAGGUGCCAGCCAAACCCUCAGGCAUGGCCCUGUCACUCACUAAGCACAUCUGCGCCAUCUGCGGCGACCGCUCUUCAGGUAAACACUAUGGGGUGUACAGCUGUGAAGGCUGUAAGGGUUUCUUCAAAAGAACCGUGCGUAAGGAUCUGACCUACACCUGCCGCGACAACAAGGACUGCAUCAUAGAUAAACGCCAGAGGAACCGCUGUCAGUACUGCCGCUACCAGAAGUGCUUAGCCAUGGGGAUGAAGAGAGAAGUUUUGUUACACGCAGCUGUUCAGGAGGAGCGUCAGCGAGCGAAGGAAAAAAACGAGAAUGAGGUUGAGUCCACCAGCUGUGUAAACGAGGACAUGCCGGUGGAGAAGAUCCUGGAGGCCGAAGAAGCGGUGGAACCCAAAACUGAGACCUACAUCGAGACCAAUCUAAGCGUGCCAUCUAACUCGCCCAACGACCCAGUGACAAAUAUCUGUCAAGCAGCUGACAAGCAGCUAUUUACCCUGGUGGAGUGGGCCAAAAGGAUUCCUCACUUCUCUGACCUGCCGCUAGAUGAUCAGGUCAUCCUGCUCCGAGCAGGUUGGAAUGAACUCCUCAUUGCAUCAUUCUCACACCGUUCCAUAGCAGUGAAAGACGGGAUUCUGCUGGCGACGGGGCUGCACGUCCACCGCAACAGCGCUCAUAGCGCCGGAGUCGGAGCCAUCUUUGACAGAGUUCUGACAGAGCUGGUGUCAAAGAUGAGGGACAUGCAGAUGGACAAGACAGAACUGGGGUGCCUUCGAGCCAUUGUUCUUUUCAACCCAGACUCUAAAGGUCUUUCUAACCCUGGUGAAGUAGAAGCCUUGAGAGAGAAAGUCUACGCAUCCUUAGAGGCCUACUGCAAACAAAAGUACCCUGAGCAGCCGGGCAGGUUUGCCAAACUGUUGCUGCGGUUACCGGCGCUGCGCUCCAUCGGCCUCAAGUGUCUGGAGCACUUGUUCUUCUUUAAGCUUAUCGGGGACACGCCCAUUGACACCUUCCUCAUGGAGAUGCUCGAAGCACCGCAUCAAAUGACAUAAUAACCGACAGCCCUGCUCUCUUCCUGUCCCCUUCACCCCCCUUUUUAAGUCUUCAUCAAGGGACAGACAUAAAGACUGUGGAUGGAGACCCACCCUCUAUCUCCAUCCCCUCUACCGCUCUUGGAUGGGUCUCAAAACCUAAACUGCAUCACGCUAAAGGGUUUGUUUUAUACUUUGUAAAAAAAGCUAUAAAUAAGAAAUAUAUAUAAUGAAAAUAGGUCAAAUCCAAACAGCAACAAGAAUGACAUCAGAAUGACAUCAAAGGACUAGGAGGAGGACAGGUGGUGGACAAGCAGCCGUAUUGAGCCUUUGUUUUCCAUCUCUGCUACCAGCCUGACAAGAAAAAGCAGUAAAACCGGCAGGUAUGCUCACCUGAAUGAUGUCACUUUUGACGAGGACAAUCCUAGACUCUCCACGGGAUGUUUUGACUCGGACCUUAGUGGGCCCUGGUUUUCGGGAGGAGACACACGCUCCGACCGACCGACCACUGCUGAAGGGUCAGAGGUGGUCUAACGAGACUGCAAAUGCUCACAAAGCUCAGGUCUCCGCCCAGCAAAUCCAACUAUGUCUUACUGUAUCAGCACUGUGCAAGGAUGUCUGAGUAGUCCACUAACUAACCCUUAAUAACUGACGGAGAAUCGUCUGCAAUGUACAAUCCAUGCGGCUCUGCAUGCUGCUCCACUGGCUUUACGCUACAGCGGCAGGCACAGGGACUACUUUUGUCCGAACCGUUUUCUGUGCAGCGCAUUUAGUUGUCUGAAAAGUGAUCCUUAAUAUCGGUUCUUCUCAUUUCCUGUGAACACACCAGACUGCACAUUCAGAAAUCCAAAAAUCACCUCAUAUCUACCUGUACGGAAAGUUACAAGUGUAUACAGGAUGUUUGUUUGUUUUUAGUUUUCACUGUAACAUUUACCUCUGUGUCCAAACCUUUAGCAUCCCCUCUAUGGGAGAAGCGCUUGUCUGCUGCAGCAGAGUCACUCUUUUGUUUGUUUGUCUUUUUGUUUGCUACUCGGCACUUAACCUGACGGCAGAGGAGACGACUUGGCACUUCUACAGACGACCCAAGUGUCAUUCGAUCUGAACUGCAGAGUCAGAUAUCUCCAUGUUCUGUAUAAAUGUGCUAGACGCCCAUGUUUUUUUACUCUGUUUUUCUCAAAACGUUGCAGCUUAAGACUAUGCAUGGAGUGCAUUUCCAAAGAUCGUCCACAGACGUAUGUAAAUGUGUGAGGUGGGCGUCGGCAUUGUUCAAAGAGUUAAAGGUCAAUCUGUUCUGGUUCUUUCACCCCAAAAUGACAAGCAUCUAUUGAGGAAUAGCUCUUUUUGGAAGAGCCUAUCAUUAGAUUUCUUGGCAGGACUACGAUGAUAAAAGUACUAAAAAUGGAUUUCCAUCUUGCACCUUAACUCAUCUUAAAAAAAUAAAGAGUAACAAGACAAACGGAAGCACCAUUGUUUCCUCCGAAAUUCACAUUUCUGAGGAGCAUGUGGAGCUUAUUUGUGUUUUCAUGAAUACAUAACCAGUUUUCACAACAUAAACUGAAAGUGGCUCCAUGAAGAAUCAACAACAAAAUUUCAUGUGAACUAUUAUUUAAAGAAGCUAUCUUCACUAUAAAAAGUUCCACCAGGCGAUAAAGAUCAGCAGAGAUCUUCAUUUUAGAGGAGAGCUGGAGAACUUGAAUCAUGCAUUUGUAAUUUAAUUGCAGUUGGCUCCCUCUAGUGGUAGAGUGAUGAAAUUAAUCUUUGAAAUCAUCCCUGCUCCUCUGGAUCAGGCUAAAAUAACAGAGCAAUAUUUCCUAAAUGAUCGUUUGGGCUUUUGUUUGGUUCUGUUCAACAAGGCAACUCGGAUUCUUGCAACCUAUCCUGGUGACAGUAUUAACUGCCUGCUUGAGCUCAGUUUACAGUAUUUAUAUGUUCACUUUUUUUGUUCAGAGUUUGAUACAUUUUGUUGAAAUUCUUCACCCUUGUUUUUUAACAGAGGCAGAUUAAAAUAUGAAAACUGCAAACUUUAAACAAUCAUUGCCGAGGUGCAAAGCCGUAUCUUUGUGUUUAAUCCGAGGUUGACUGUGACUGCAGGUCUCUUAAGCCAUAUGAAGUGAUGAACGAGCAGGCCCCUCCAGCAGGAGACAUAGAAAUGAUCACCAACGUAGAAGAAUUGCCUACAUGAAUGCUUUAUAAACAUUAAAGCUCUAUUUUGUUAAUAUGUACAUGUGUGUAUAUUUAUAAAUAUAUAACAGCAGAUCAGUUCUUUCGAGUAUUUCCAAAAUUGAAGGAGAGGGUUACAGUCUUUUUUGACCAAACGGUUGCAGUUCCACAAUGUCGUUUGGGGUUGGACUUGCAUUGUAUACAUUAAAAAAUGAAUCCUGAUCAACCAG